AGGCGGGGGUGCCAACACCCGGGUGUCAGUUUCGGAGUCCCUGCCUCCUCACCCUAGUGUGGUGGGCCCUCCAGCUAAGGCUCGUUCCCUGUGUGGGCCGAGAGCUCCAGCCGCCGGGCGCCCCCACCCUGCCCCGGCCCGGCCCUCUCGCCAUCCCCCCGGCCUCGGGGCCGCGCGCGCGUUUCCUCCGAGGUGCUGCGCUCCGGGCGACUUUCUGUUUGUUUCCAUCUCUUUCCUCUUUGUUACUCUGAAAACCUGUCUUGCAAAACCCCUCACUUGGAAGGGAGUUGCACUUCCCGAGACAGGCGGUUGCCGCGGGCCGCAGCGACCCCUCCAGUGUCCCCCGCCUGCCUUGCCCGCCGCCUCGGUUCCUUCGCCCCAGGAAGCCAGCCGAGAAGCUCAUUGAUGCACCCAUUCCAGUGGUGUAACGGGUGUUUCUGCGGCCUGGGACUGGUUAGCACCAACAAGUCCUGCUCGAUGCCACCCAUCAGCUUCCAAGACCUUCCUCUCAACAUCUACAUGGUCAUCUUUGGCACAGGCAUCUUUGUCUUCAUGCUCAGCCUCAUCUUCUGCUGCUAUUUUAUCAGCAAACUCCGGAACCAGGCACAGAGCGAGCGAUAUGGAUAUAAGGAGGUGGUGCUUAAAGGUGAUGUCAAGAAGUUACAAUUAUAUGGGCAGACCUGUGCAGUCUGUCUGGAAGACUUCAAGGGGAAGGACGAGCUAGGUAUGCUCCCAUGCCAACAUGCCUUUCACCGGAAGUGUCUGGUGAAGUGGCUAGAAGUACGCUGUGUCUGCCCUAUGUGUAACAAGCCCAUUGCUGGUCCCUCAGAGGCCACUCAGAGCAUUGGGAUCCUAUUGGAUGAGCUAGUGUGAAUGCUGCCUCUACACCAAGACCUGGCGGAGACCUCUUGCCUUUUGGAUGCCUGGUCCCUUUGCACAGCUACAGUGAACAAGACAGUUGGAUGGUGAUAAUCAUGCUCACCCUGAAGGGGAAGAUGGUGUAGGGCUGGUCUUUGCCACAGGGUGACACCAGUGCCAACUUGCCCCACCUUUCUGCCUCCUGAAGCCACCUUCCCUGCUACUCAGUACUGAUGGCAUCACCUGUCAAGACCACUGCAUCCUGGUACCGGACUAUCUACCUACCUUGUCCCUGCUCUGGGAAAAGAAAUAUGCCCCUCUCUGGCCAAGAACUUGGAGCACUCCACUUCUAGGUUCUCCUUAGGAGGACAAGCCAGCCUUAUUUAGAAAAACGGAUGACCUGGGCUCUGCCCACCUGUAACUUCCCCUCCUCUUCUCUUUGCAAAGGGAGGUUAGGCGGGAAGGAAGGGAAAGAUCAAGGAGCCAGAUGCCUCCAGUGGAGGUGAGGGAGCCUCUGGGUGAAGCAGGGAAGUGCAGGGACAUAGGAAAGGAAAAAGUCAAUGUUUACAUGGGACCUGUUGAAACAAAGGCUGGCUGGCCAGCCGCAUGGCUGGCUGACUACAGGGUAAUAGGGGGCAAACCCUCCCCCCAGUUAGCAUCUGAGGUGCUAUCCAGUCUCUCUUUUCCUUAGUUACUCUCAGAGCUUCCUAUUACAUAGUGGGGUUUGAGUGCCCCUCAGAAGCAGGGGCUUGUUUUACACUCAGAUUGAUUCCCAGGGUUUUUUCCCCUAAAGAAGCAAAAGGGGCCUGGGAAUGAGGGUGUCUGAAAGUUAAGGUAAAGAACAGAAACCUCCUUCUCCUUUGUAAAUAGUAUUUUUAUAUGUCAUCCUCACCAUCUCAGGCCUUAUACAUGGAAUCCCCAGAAUAAAAAGGGGGUCGGGGU